UCGGUAUAAACGUAUCAUCAGUGCCGCUGAAUCUGUCGUGCAAAUCGGUCAAUGAAAAUUGUUCUGUUCCCGUUACUGUGCUCUCCUUACUGUUGCAUCACGCAUUGAAAAAUGGCGGAAGCCAAGCCAACGAACACCGCCGCAGGCGAAUCCGCGCCUCAUCUCGAAGUGAUCGACCGCGUGAAAAACAUUCCCGUGAUCCACUCGGCGAUCGAGAAAACGGGGUCCACGUACUCCUACUUGAAGGACUCCAAUCAUUUAAUUCAUUGGGCUCUGUCUCAAGCCGAGGCUGGUCUGAGUUAUGCGACUGCGACUGCCGCGCCGAUCACUGCACCGCUGGCGAAAAAAUUCGAAGGGCAAAUCUCGGCUGUUGACCAAAAAUUGUGCGAAGGUCUGAACAUCGUUGAACAGAAAGUUCCCAUGAUGAAACAGCCGCCGCAGCAGAUUUACGAUGCGGCAAAAGCAGUAAUGAGCAGUUCGUUGCAACCAACGAUCGACAAACUGCAUGCCGCAAAGGAAUCCGCCACGCAACAGGCUUCUACACUCAAAGAAGUUAGUAUAGCGAAGGCUAAUGAAUUGUUGAACACACAGUACGGUACUAUGGCUGUGCAAGGGGUGGACAACAGCAGUGUCCUCAUUAAUGGUUUAUUGGACCGUUAUUUCCCACCAGUUGGGGGAGAACAGAAUCCACCAGCCCCAGUAUCUGCUGACGAAAACAAAGUCCUGCAUGCAGUGCAAACAAUAGGUCAAUUAUCGACGAAGACGGCGAACCGUGUUUACCAUUCGGUAGCAGCACAGUUGAAGACAAUCAGCAAGGAGGAUGUGACGUCGUACAUCAACAGCGUUAUAUCCAUUCUUCACCUGACGCAUUUCUUGAGUUUAUCUGAGAAACAAAACGACGAAAAAGAAGAACAAGGUCCAACUUGCGAGAAGAAAGAGAAAAACUGAAAUAAUAGAACCUGUCCAGAAUGAUAGCUGUGACUUUUAUUUUUAUACGAAUUUCAUGCGAUUUUAAUAACCCGUUGUAACACGUCUCAACAUAUCAAUUUAACAAAUUUUUAUAUAACAUAUACUUAACGUAGCAAAUAAAAUUAUUUGACAACGCA